AUGACUGAUGCUAACGAACAUUUAUCUGAGCCGGUAUUCAGGCAGAAUUAUGUGAACAACAGUGGUGCAACUGCUGCUGUGCCUUCCGGCGCCCAAGCCGGCUUGGACCAAGAGGGUCUUAUCGAGGGUAAUUGGGAUCAAGUUUGUGAAAGCUUUGAUGAUAUGAAUCUAAAAGAGAAUCUUCUUCGUGGUGUUUAUGCAUUUGGUUUUGAAAAGCCGUCUGCUAUACAACAACGUGCAAUCGUGCCGUGUUGUAUGAAACGUGACGUGAUCGCGCAAGCUCAGUCUGGAACUGGCAAAACCGCAACAUUCUCGGUGUCUGUUCUUCAAAACAUCGACGAGUCAUUAGCUGAGGUUCAGGCACUUAUUAUGGCACCAACACGUGAAUUGGCUCAACAGAUUCAAAAAGUGAUGGUAUCGUUGGGUGAGUAUAUGGGUGUAAAAUGCCACGCAUGUAUCGGUGGUACGAAUGUGCGAGAUGAUCAGCGCAAGCUUGAAUCUGGUGUUCAUAUUGUAGUUGGUACACCAGGACGUGUGAAUGACAUGAUUAAGAGACAGUCGCUUCAAACGUCCGCCAUCAAAAUGUUCGUGUUGGAUGAAGCCGACGAAAUGCUUUCGCGUGGUUUCAAAGAUCAAAUUUAUGAGGUGUUCAAGUGCAUGCCCAAUGACGUUCAGGUAGUGUUGUUAUCAGCAACAAUGCCAGCAGAAGUAUUGGAAGUAACAAAUCGAUUCAUGAACGACCCGGUUAGGAUUUUGGUGAAGAAAGAGGAAUUGACGCUUGAGGGUAUUCGUCAGUUUUAUAUCAAUGUGGAGAAGGAGGAGUGGAAAUUUGAGACAUUGUGUGAUCUGUAUCAAACAGUGAAUGUCACUCAAGCAGUCAUAUUCUGCAACACUCGCAGGAAGGUGGAUUAUCUGGCGACGCAGAUGACUAAAGAGAAUUACACAGUCUCAUGUAUGCACGGAGACAUGGAGCAGUCAGAGCGUGACCUGAUUAUGCGCGAAUUUCGAUCGGGUUCAUCUCGUGUUCUGAUCACCACUGAUCUGCUGGCACGUGGUAUCGAUGUACAACAAGUCUCUUUGGUCAUCAACUACGAUCUUCCGAGCAAUCGUGAAAACUACAUCCAUCGUAUCGGACGUUCGGGUCGUUUCGGUCGAAAGGGUGUUGCGAUCAAUUUUAUAACAGAGCAAGAUUCGAGACAGUUGAAGGAUAUCGAGAGCUUUUAUAACACUCAAAUAGAGGAGAUGCCGAUGGAUAUUGCGAAUCUUCUUUAA